AUGACCAUUCAAGCCAAAUGGAGCAAGCUCCUUGACGUCGAAGUCCUCCAGCGCUCGUCACAGGCGCUGUCUGUCGUCGAUGACAAAGUCUACGUAUUUGGCGGAGAAUUCCGACCCCGAGAACCCCGCGAUAAUGUCGUUCACGUUGUCUCCUUGAACAGCCAAGCCACACUCCAAUCUAUCCCCUCCCAGUCUGAUGCACCCUCUCCUCGAGUCGGAACCGCAACCACAACGUUGAACGGCGAUAUUUAUCUCUUCUCUGGCCGCGGCGGAGUAGCAAUGGCUCCUAUUAACGAGAAGGGUGCCGUGUGGAAAUACACUACUGCCACCGGACAAUGGUCGACUGUAUCUCCAGUUGACACAGCCAACGCCCCAGAGCCACGCAGCUAUCACUGCAGCUGCAGCAACCAGAAAGAUACUAUAUAUGUUCACGCCGGAUGUCCCGAGAAGGGUCGACUUUCGGAUCUGUGGUCUUUUAAUAUCACCACCAAACAAUGGAAACAACUCACCUCUGCUCCUGAUCCUUCCCGCGGAGGCGCCUCUAUCACUUUCGCAAACGGCAAACUCUACCGUAUGAAUGGCUUCGAUGGAAAAACUGAGCAAGGCGGAAGUAUUGACGUGUACACCCCCGAAACCGACUCCUGGGAAACACACACGUACAAGCCGGAUAACGAGUCCGGCCCAAUUGCACGAAGUGUUUGCGCGUUGCUUCCGGUCGCUGUUGGCGAGAAGUCUUACAUCGUCACGCUGUUCGGAGAGAGCGACCCAAGCAAUCUGGGGCAUCAAGGUGCUGGCAAAAUGCUGGGCGAUGUAUGGGCUUUUGACAUUGUAGGGAAGACAUGGCACAAGGUCGAUACUCGGGGCGAUGCAGUGCCUGACGCAAGAGGAUGGUUCGGCGCUGACGUUGUCGGCAAGGACACCAUUGUGGUCCAGGGAGGACUGGGAGAGGCCAACAACCGUCUGGGAGAUGUCUGGAGUCUCAGCUUUGUGCAGUCGAAUUGA